UGCAGACUUUGAGUUCUUAGCACGCCAUCAAGCACAAUGUCGAAAAUCGAACGCCCCACCACUCUUGCAGAUAGCAACAGCAACAGCAACAGCAACAGCAACUGCAACUGCAACUGCCACAACUCCAAAAUGGGAAAGGAUAAUUUUGGAUCCGAUACUAAAUCAGACCGACCUGCAACCCGAGGCGAUACAAGUUACAACUCUGGCCUUGGUAAGGAAAGCCAAGGACGACCACCUACAAGUUUUAAUUCCUCCGGUAUUAGUAAGGUUAAUUCCGGGUUAGAUAAGAAGGAGACAGACGACAAGGCUUCUGGAACCAGGAACACUUCAGGACGUCCAGCCACACGAGGAGAUACAUCUUUCAAUUCCUCUGGUGCUGAUAAGGAUAAUUUUGGGACCGAUAAGAAGCAGACCGAAGGGAAGGACCAAGAAACCUCAGGACGUCCAGCUACACGAGGUGCUGAUAAGGACGAAGGCAAGGAUCGACAAACUUCAGGACGUCCAGCCACACGAGGAGAUACAUCUUUUAAUUCCUCUGGUGCUGAUAAGGACAAUUCUGGGUCCGAUAAGACGCAGAGCGAAUGCAAGGAUCGAGGAACCUCAGCACGGCCAGUCACUCGAGGGAAUGUGGGAGAUUCGAAGUCCGACACGGAAAACUCCAAUGAUAAGUCGGAGGAGGACAAGGACGCGUCAAAGCGACCAGCAACCGGCUACACUCCUUCAGGUCUCGGGAAGGACAACUCCGAGUCCGACUCGAAGGACUCCGAGGACAAGCCAGAUAAGAACAAGAACCAGGGAGCUUCGGGCCGCCCUGCCACGAGAGGAAACAUGGGGCUCGGCAAGGACGCCACCGGGACAGACUCGAAGAAGGACGAGAAGGCCAAUGGAAACAAGGGUCGCUUCGAGAUCAGCCAGGGCUCCAACGGCAACAAAACCAGCGGAGACAAAACUAGUUUCGGUGGAAGGAAGUAGAGACUAACGUUAUCUAACCCUCAAAUAUCUGCUCUCUGGCGUCAAGAAACAGGAAGUGGUUUUCUUUCUCUCUGCACUCCGAGGGCUCAAGAAGUAGACCGAAAUAGAUAAUUUGCUCUCUGGACUCAAGGAAGCCAUUGGCAUAGAUAGGAUGUGGAUUCCUGCAUUUGCACUCCACUGACGCCAAGAAGAUCAUCUUUCUUUGAUAUUGCACGGAUCUGAUUGCAUAAUAUAUUAAUAAAGAGAUUUACAGAC